CAUAUCUGUCAAAGUUUGUUUACAUGUGGCGUGGGUUGAGUUUUAGAGAUUUCCGUAAUCCGUAUUUUCUUACAAGUUAUUUGAAACUAAUUGACAAUGAGUACACUGAACUUGCUUAAAACAUCAUUCACUAGUGCGAUUACCAUUUCACGUCAUUACGCCUUUAAAUCCGACUUGAAAAUUAAAUGGGUUCGACCGGAAAAAAUACCAUGCUUCAAACCACAGAAAAGCGGUGACCUGCAACCUAUUCGACCAUUCGCUGGCAAUGAAGUUCUGAAGGACUAUAAAUCUUCCAAAGAGCUGGAAAAUUCAGACGAUGCGGUUAAAAACCUUUUUACGAUUGAACAUAACCGUCGAAGAGAAAUGCUGGAAAAUUUCAAGGAGGAAAUGGUUAAACGGGUCCAACGGCAUGAUUUAGAUUACGGCUCUAUAGAAGCAAAAUUGGGAUUGAUGACUGCUCAGAUAAGAAGCUUGCAAGAGGUAAUGGAGAAAUUUCCUCGGCAAUCUCGUUCAAAAGUAUACCUAAAGGAACUGAUUGAUAAGCGAAAAAAGUUUUUACGUUAUCUGAGGCGUUGGGACUAUCGAAGGUUUGAGUAUGUGCUGGAAAAACUGGAUCUCGUGUAUAAGCCCUGCCCUAGUCACUUUCAUUGGAUCACACGCAAGGAUUCUCUACGUAAACUUACCGAUAUUCAUUGCAAUGAAAUUAAAGAGAGCCGAUUGCAGAACUAUCGUUUAUUUUUGGAAUCCCAGCAAUUGGACUUCCUUGAGAAUAAGUUGAAAAAUCUAGAACACAUAAGAAAAGAGCAACAGGAGUGUAAAGUACCAAUAACGGUGACUGCCGAGCAAAUUCAAGCUGUCAGGAAACAGUACGAAGAAUUGAAAGAAAAACGAAAGUCUUUGGAAAAGAAAGAUGAAGAAGAAGAAUGAAAUGUUCAUAUAAAACCUUUUGUUUAUUUCAUGUAUAAAAUAAAAUAAUAGUUUCUAAUAGAGUA